AUGCGAUUAUCUCAAACUAUUUUUAUUCUGAGUGGAAAAUUUGCUGACCACUUUAUACGAUUUGGUGGGUACACUCCCACUCCUUUAUCGUUGAAAAAGCUGAUUGCAUUUGGUAAAGUCGGCUCGGUUCAGGAGUCUGCAUCAUUCUUGGCUUAUGAACUUCCUGUUCGCCUAGCAAAUAUUUUGCAAGAAAUCCAUUUGCUCCCAGAACAACUCGUCAGAACUCCUUCUGCAUCUCUUGUGAGACGAUGGUACGAGCAAAGCUUCUGCGAAUUGAUGGACUUCGAAAAAAUAAAAUGGGACGAAAAAAGUUUAAAUCAAUUUAACGAAAUUCUCGCCAGUAUACGUAGUCGUCACACGACCGUCGUUGAAACGAUGGCACAGGGUGUAAUGGAAAUGCAGGAAAACUACAAGACUGACAUAGUUACAAACAACCAGGUGCAAUACUUCUUGGAUAGGUUUUAUAUGAUGAGAAUCAGUAUUCGUAUGUUGCUUAGCCAGCACUUGCUUAUGUUUGGUUCAGAGUUGAAUAAACAUAGAAGAUACGUAGGCUCGAUUGAUCCUGAUUGCAAUGUUCGAGAAAUAUUGGAUGAUGCAUAUGAGGAUGCCAAAUUUCUUUGCGAGCAUUACUAUUCAGCGGCUCCUGAAAUGAAGGUUCGGGUUCAUAGUGGUGACAAUGCAAAAAUUGAAUUUGUCUAUGUACCUUCGCAUUUGUAUCAUAUUUUGUUUGAACUGCUGAAAAAUGCCAUGCGAGCAGUGGUGGAGCAGCAUAGUAGGGCUGACCAACUUCCUCCCAUUAAAGUCUUGAUAGCAAUUGGUCAGGAAAAUGUGGCGAUCAAAAUUUCUGAUUUGGGUGGUGGUAUCCCACGUUCUCAAAUGGAUUUAGUUUUCAAUUACACUUAUACAACUGCCGGGCAGGCUAAACGAUGCGGUGAAACAUCUUUAUUGUCAAUGGAACCCAAACCGCCUGAUCAGGGAACCAGUGCUCCAAUGGCAGGUUAUGGUUAUGGUCUUCCACUUAGUCGAUUAUAUGCAAAGUACUUUAAUGGUGAUCUUAUACUAUCCAGCGUAGAAGGCUACGGAACUGAUGCUAUAGUAUAUUUAAAACGUAAUGCUGCUGAAGCUGAUGAACUACUUCCUGUGUUCAAUCGUACCUCUGCUAAACAAUACGGGAGUGCUAGUAUCCCGGUUGCCGACUGGUCUAAUCCUCAUAUAACAACUGGUUGGCGACGAAAUUGA